AUGAAGAGUCUCACGGUCGCCGCCUUGGCGGCCCUCGUGGCAGUGGCGUCAGCACUGAACGGCGGCAACAUUUCGACCUUUGUUGAUCCCGCCACGGGCCACGAGAUCCGGCAUUUCGACUGCAGCGUCAACCGCGGCAAGGCUUCGUCCCACUUCAACGAGACGAUCAAGUUCCUGCACCGCAACUCCCGCCGUCCCAAUCAAGUCGGCACGCGCGCGGCCUCGCUCGUCAGGAAACAGACCGUCUCCCCGGCCCUCACGAUCAAGACGUACAUCCACCUCAUCACCACCACCGCCAAAGAAGGCACCCUCACGCAAGCCACCGCGCAGGCCCAACUCGACGCCCUCAACAAAGCCUACAACCCCAUCGGCAUCACCUUCGUCCUCGCCGACGUCUCCAUUGACGCCAACGACGCCUGGUCCGCCGCCGACGGCUCCGCCAUGGACGAGCUCAAGCAAGCCCGCCGCCAGGGCACCUACGCCGACCUGAACCUCUACUUCCACUCGGACCUCUCCGGCGGCGUCCUGGGGACCUGCACGCUCCCCUCAAAGGUCACCGCGCAAACCCAACCCUCGCAGUACUUCACCGACGGCUGCAACAUCAACGCCGCCACCAUGCCCGGCGGCGCGCUGACGGGCUACAACCAGGGCAUGACGGCCGUGCACGAGACGGGCCACUGGCUGGGUCUCCUGCACACCUUCGAGGGCUACUCGUGCGACGGCGACGGCGACUCGAUCGCGGAUACCCCCAUGCAGAGCACCAGCACCGAUGGGUGUCCGAUGAAGCCUGCGAAAGAUUCCUGUCCGACGCAGAGCGGUGUGGAUCCUGUCCAUAAUUAUAUGGAUUAUUCGAGUGAUGCUUGCUAUGAGAGUUUUACGCCCGGGCAGGUUAGUCGGAUUCAGAAUAUGUGGGCGGAGUAUCGGAAGGGGUUUUAG